CGGCUCCUUGUGCGCAUGCGCACCACUAACCCCAAGGCGGGGGCGGGGUCACAUUACGUCAUCGGAGCGCGCCCUGCGGACGUCGCUGCGGGGUUGCCGGAAGUUGAGCGGCGUAGGCACCAAAUAAUGGCAGCAGCUACGGGGGAUCCUGGACUCUUUAAAUUGCAGUUUGCUCCCUUUAGCAGUGCCUUGGAUGUUGGAUUUUGGCAUGAGUUGACCCAGAAGAAGCUGAAUGAGUAUCGGCUGGAUGAAGCUCCCAAGGACAUUAAGGGUUAUUACUUCAAUGGUGAUUCUGCCGGGCUUCCAGCUCGUUUAACAUUGGAGUUCAGUGCUUUUGACAGGAAUGCUCCCACCCCAGCCCAUUGCUGCCCCGCUGUUGGAACACUGUAUAACACCAACACACUCGAGGCUUUCAAGGCUGCAGAUAAGAAGCUACUUUUGGAGCAAGCAGCAAAUGAGAUAUGGGAAUCCAUAAAAUCAGGUGCUGCUCUCAGAAACCCUGUCCUCCUCAACAAAUUCCUCCUUUUGACAUUUGCAGAUCUGAAGAAGUACCACUUCUAUUAUUGGUUUUGCUCUCCUGCUCUCUGCCUUCCUGAGAGUAUACCCCUCAUUCAGGGGCCAGUGGGCUUGGAUCAAAGGUUUUCACCAAAACAGAUUCAAGCCCUUGAGCGUGCAUAUGAUGAUCUCUGUCAAGCUGAAGGAGUCCCAGCAUUACCUUACUUCCUAAUCAAGUAUGAUGAGAACACGGUGCUGGUUUCCUUGCUUAAACACUACAGUGGUUUCUUCCAAGAUCAAAGGACAAAGAUAACAGUUGGUGUAUAUGAUCCCUGUAACUUAGCCCAAUACCCUGGAUGGCCUCUGAGGAAUUUUUUGGUCCUAGCAGCCCACAAAUGGAGUAGUAGUUUCCAGUCUGUUGAAGUCCUCUGCUUCCGGGACCGCACCUUGCAGGGGGUCAGAGACAUCACCCACAGCAUCAUCUUCGAAGUGAAGCUUCCAGAAAUGGCUUUUAGCCCAGAUUGUCCCAAAGCAGUCGGAUGGGAAAAGAACCAGAAAGGAGGCAUGGGACCAAGGAUGGUGAACCUCAGUGAGUGUAUGGACCCUAAAAGAUUAGCUGAGUCAUCAGUGGAUCUAAAUCUCAAAUUGAUGUGUUGGAGAUUGGUGCCUACUUUGGACUUAGACAAAGUUGUAUCUGUCAAAUGUCUGCUGCUUGGAGCUGGCACCUUGGGCUGUAAUGUAGCUAGGACACUGAUGGGGUGGGGCGUCAGACACAUCACAUUUGUGGACAAUGCCAAGAUCUCCUACUCCAAUCCUGUGCGGCAGCCUCUCUAUGAAUUUGAAGAUUGCCUCACAGGUGGCAAGCCCAAGGCCCUGGCUGCAGCAGACCGGCUCCAGAGAAUAUUCCCCGGAGUGAAUGCCAGAGGGUUCAACAUGAGCAUCCCCAUGCCUGGACAUCCAGUGAACUUCUCCAACAUCACUCUGGAGCAAGCCCGCAGGGAUGUGGAGCAACUGGAGCAGCUCAUUGAAAGCCAUGAUGUUAUCUUUCUGUUGAUGGACACCAGGGAGAGCCGGUGGCUUCCUGCCGUCAUUGCUGCGAGCAAGAGAAAGCUGGUCAUCAAUGCCGCCUUGGGCUUUGACACAUUUGUUGUCAUGAGGCAUGGCCUGAAGAAACCUAAGCAUCAGGGCGCUGGAGACUUGUGUCCCAGCCACCCUGUGGCACCUGCAGACCUGGGCUCGUCGCUUUUUGCCAACAUUCCUGGUUACAAACUUGGCUGUUAUUUCUGCAAUGAUGUGGUGGCCCCGGGAGAUUCAACCAGAGACCGGACCUUGGAUCAGCAGUGCACUGUGAGUCGUCCAGGACUGGCCAUGAUUGCAGGAGCCCUGGCAGUGGAAUUGAUGGUUUCUGUGUUGCAGCAUCCAGAAGGGGGCUACGCCAUUGCCAGCAGCAGUGAUGACCGCAUGAAUGAGCCUCCAACCUCUCUUGGGCUUGUACCUCACCAGAUCCGGGGAUUUCUGUCAAGAUUUGAUAAUGUCCUUCCUGUCAGCCUGGCAUUUGACAAAUGUACAGCUUGUUCUUCCAAAGUUCUUGAUCAAUAUGAACGAGAAGGAUUUCAAUUCCUAGAGAAGGUGUUUAAUUCUUCACAUUCCUUCUUAGAAGACUUGACUGGUCUUACAUUACUGCAUCAAGAGACCCAAGCUGCUGAGAUCUGGGACAUGAGUGACGAUGAGACCGUCUGACAGCCCACCUCAGUGACAGCCGCUGCCUGCUGGGGAGCUCAGUGGCCAGAGCAGGACUGCUGCCUACGACCGGUGACUCUGGGCCCCGCAUCCCCCACCCUUCGUCCCUUCCUCUCCGCACCUUGAGGACUGGGGCCUUCCCUUCGCUGCCCAGGAGCUUCUGGCGUUCUUCACUUCUGGUUCAUGACGCUGCCAGUUCUGAGCUAAAUAAUAACCUUGGCAUUGCCACCAACGAGGCGAGGCUCCCUCCACGAGCAGUUCUUUUCUCUCCUCUCGUCAGUGUUUGUUAGGCCCCCAGGAUCCUUCCCACCGUGGCCCCCACGGGGUGGCAAUGAGCACAGGCAGAGAGUUGUCCCAACGAAGACUACAUAAAUGCUCUCCUCCUUCUAGAGACCACUGUGGGCUGCACUGCAACCCCGUCCCCCCGUCCCUGCCCUCUGCCAUCCUUUGUGGUGCCCGCUGUGUCUGCCUCAGUCUGUGGCCAGCAGGCGGUGAGAGUUCACGUGGGCUCUACCUGAUCUUCUCUCUUAUCCUGAGUCUGCACACCUGUGGCACCAGAGUGGGUGUGGAAACUUCUCAUCCUUGUGGUCUCAUCUUUAAUCUCGGGCCUGGAACCAAAGUCAAAAUGGGAGUCUGACACUGGCUCUAGGAAGAGGAGGAUUUCUGGAGGUUAGGUUUUCAGUGCUGGUUCUCAAUUGCAAUUCCAGUUUUCUAGCCCAUGUGGGGCGUAAACAGGGGCACCUCUGUAGAGAGGCGCAGUGUGGCUAAGCACCCCACCCUCCCAGCAAAGCACUGGCACUCCAGGACCAAGGUCACACGUACAGUCCGUGGUUUAAGAGCACUUUAUUAUUGUUCUUAAGGCUACUUUUAAGUACAAAAAAAAGAUGGCCUGCCAAACCUUUUUUUUUUUUCUUCUUCUUCUUCCAGGAAAAACAGGCCACAGAGAAUGGUAUAUUACAGAUUUACAAACAUGGAGAGAACUGUCAGAACGCACUGCGGAUGGCGUGGCUCUGUGAAGACCCUCACCGUGCUCCUCCUGCAGCCGGGGAGUGUGUCCCUUCCCAGUGAAAUGUUUGGUUUCCUGCUUCCCCGUCUGCUGAGGCCCCUCCGGUACUGCCUAUCCCAGAUAGGCCAGUGCCCGGGGACCCAGCCACCACCACCGUCCCUCCCCGGCGGACAGCUGUGCGAGGAGCCUCUUCACAGAGCCCGCUGGCAGUGGGCCGUUUCCUGUGGCAAUGCUCAGUAGCCUGUAGCAGUAACAAACUAGUGGCUAUUAAGGCAGAUGCAGUGUUCUCAUAGAAUAACUGUGUUCCUGCACUUUUACAGACAAAUCUACGACAAAAAAAAGAUCAACUUUUUUUUUUUCCAAACAAAAAAAUUAUGAAUGAUUACAAUAGGAAAGGGAAAAAUUAAAUAGCUACAUAUCAUUAACAAAUUAAUUGUUCUUCAAAAAAUACCUACAAAUUUCUCUGUACAUUCUUUACGCACAGCGUAAUGAUGGUCUUAAAGUUACCUAUAUAAAAAAAGUGUUCUCAACAAUUUUUCCUACAGAAAAUACAGGGGCCUGGAUGCGAAAGCCUGGAAGCCCAGUGAAGUGGGAGUGAAAUGUGUGCAGGGGCGAGAGGACAGGGCCUUCCCUUCGCCUUUUCAAAGGCCUGCAGCCACCCUGUGACCACAGCAAGAGCCAGUCCUCCGACCUUUUCACCCGGCGCCGGUUUCCAAAGGGGACCAGCUCACCUGUGGUUUUCUCAGGCUGAAACCCAGCCUGGGGGACUCCUGGGAGCCCACGAUGCCUUGCAGGUGGGGUGGUCAUGCCAGCGUCACCUGGCCAGGUGACUUCUCAAACCCUCCAGUGAGCGGGCCGGAAUGUAGCCCGGGAGGGGCAGGGGGAUAGACACAUGCGUUUACUGAAAAGAGGAGCAGCUGUUGAACAUCCACAGCUGUGUCUGUCAUGCUUUCUUCAUCUAAUUUCUAGUUAGUAGCUAUUACUAUAGCAAACGAUAAUAAAUGCAGUAAUAACUGUAUAAAGUCAGAGGAAUGUAUACUGCCUUGGCCCCAGCGUAUGAGGAAGCACACAAAAUAGCAUAUCACAGAUUGUCAGUAAUCUGCUGUUUAGCCAAGAGAGUUAAAGGGGGCAGUUUCAGCACAGAAGAAAGUUGGAAGACAACUCCCAACCCCCCUGGGAGCUAGUAAUAAGCAUAAGCAGACAGGGACGCAAAAAAAUAAAUGAUGCUGUCAGCCUGCAGCAAAAACUCCAGCAUCCUACACCCCGGCUGACCAGCGACUCGACUGCCCAUCCCAGGGCCUGCCUGGGGCCACGUGGCCCCACUACUAGGGAGUAACGUGAAUAUCAAAUACAAAUCUUAGAGUACAACUGUACCAGCAGUAAGUAUAUCUAGGACUGUAACUGACAAAAAUAAACUAAUUCUGAACAGAAGCUAGCAUUAAGGUUUGUGUUUACCGUUUAUACAAUUAAUAGAAACCAGCUAUUUUCCCCCCUUAAAAACAUGCAUCAUGUUUAAAGCACUACGGAACCCCAGCUCUAGCCUAACAAACUGCAGUGUUUAGGAAAAGUAGAAUGCCCGUGAUUGGUGGAGUCUGCAGUCCAGUUGCAAGCACCUGAAAUCUAGAGAGAAAGACCUAUAACCAGUAUGAGACUUCCCCUUCCAAAGCUGUUUAGUCUAAGUUUAAAA